CUUUAUAAUUUACUUUGUAGAGCUUUUUUUUUUGUAAAUUAGAAAAUGAAAUUCGACAUUUUAUCACUUAUUUAGUUUCAGAUGUUUCAUUAUAUUUUCUACAAUAUUAUCGUAACUUAAUCAUCUUUUACGUGUACAGAUUAAUUUCAAUUUGCUAAAUAUGUUCCUUAAACAUUUUUUUUUAUUAUUGAUAUUUAUCUAUUGUGGUUUACUCAUUGAUCUAAUUAACAGUCAAACAUUAGAAGUGGUUACUGACAAUGAGCUCUUAGAUUUAUGCCGUUCUGAAAACCAAGUAGUUGCCUUAUUUACAUUAAAAGACUGUGAAAAGUGUAAAAAGUAUGAAGAAACUCUCACUCAAAUUAGAGAAGAACUUGUUGAUUCAUUAAAUGCUUGGGUUGUAAAAGUAGAAGGUAGCAAUUUAGUUCACAUUUAUAAUCCUUCAAAAGAACCAACAUUGGUUAUGUUUCGACAUGGUGUACCAUUACUAGUACCAGAGCCAGAGGCUGUUAACGAUGAGUUUUUGAUAGACAUGUUAUUGAAUAACAGAGAUCCUAUUGUGAAAGAACUAAAUGAUAAUAGUUUUGAACAUCUUACUCAGGCAUCGACAGGAGCCACAACAGGAGAUUGGUUUAUUAAAUUUUAUUCAUCAGAUAGUAUAGAAUGUCAAAGAUUACAAGCUCGCUGGGAAACAGUUGGUGCUAAAUUGAAAAAUCGUGUAAAUGUUGCUCGUAUCAAUAGGUACAUUGGGGGAUCAAUUACUGCUCGUCGAUUUGCUAUUAGCCAAUCACCUACUUUUAUUUUAUUGCGUCGUGGUGUCAUGUAUACUUAUACGUCAACUGAUUAUACUAUUGAAUCGUUCCUCAAAUUUGUUGAAGAAGAUUAUAAAUUCACUGUCAAAGAACAAGUACCUCAACCAAAAUCAACAUUUGAUGAUUUUGUACACAUGUGCUUUGAUGUGUUCAGGGAAAAUCCAUUGGCGUGGAAGUUAGGCUUGACUGUUUUAAGUGUAAUAUUACUGUGUCUUGCUGCUCUGAAGAAAACAUCUAAGUCAAGUGAAUACAAGUCAAAAAAAAAGUCUACUAAAAGUUCCAGUAAAAAAAGCAAGUAAAUAAGUAUAAUAAAGUAAAAUAUAUGCAUU